GGGAGCGCGGCGGGGCUGGGCCCGGGCGGCGGCAAGGGGGUGAAAUUUCUGGAAGGUAGCGCGGGGGCUCGGUCCGGGAAGAGCGGCGGGGCCGGGGCGGCGAGUUGUGGGUGCGGCGGGCGGCCCCCGCCCCAGCGCCGCCGCCAUGAACCACAAGAGCAAGAAGCGGAUCCGCGAGGCGAAGCGCAGCGCCCGGCCUGAGCUGAAGGACUCGUUGGACUGGACCCGCCACAACUACUGCGAGACCUUCCCUCUCAGCCCUGCCGCGUGCAAGGAUAACGUGGAGAGGGCAGAUGCGCUUCAGUUAGCGGUAGAGGAAUUUGUUGAGCGUUAUGAAAAACCUUACAAGCCUGUAGUUUUGCUGAAUGCUCAGGUGGGCUGGUCUGCCCAGGAGAAGUGGACUCUGGAACGGCUAAAACGCAAGUAUAGGAACCAGAAGUUCAAAUGUGGAGAAGACAAUGACGGUUAUUCUGUGAAGAUGAAGAUGAAAUACUACAUAGAGUAUAUGGAAACCACACGCGAUGACAGCCCACUCUACAUCUUUGACAGCAGUUAUGGAGAGCAUCCCAAGCGCAGGAAACUCCUGGAGGACUACAAAGUACCCAAAUUCUUCACUGAUGAUCUCUUUCAGUAUGCAGGGGAGAAACGAAGGCCGCCUUACAGAUGGUUUGUGAUGGGCCCACCUCGUUCUGGAACAGGAAUUCACAUUGACCCCUUGGGAACUAGUGCAUGGAAUGCCUUAGUCCAGGGACAUAAGCGUUGGUGCCUGUUCCCUACCAGCACUCCCAGAGAGCUGAUCAAAGUGACACGAGAAGAGGGAGGGAACCAGCAGGAUGAGGCUAUCACUUGGUUUAAUGUCAUCUAUCCAAGGACGCAGCUCCCCACCUGGCCCCCGGAAUUCAAACCCCUGGAAAUCCUGCAGAAACCGGGCGAGACGGUCUUUGUGCCGGGUGGCUGGUGGCACGUAGUUCUCAAUCUUGACACAACUAUUGCCAUCACACAAAACUUUGCCAGCUGUACCAACUUCCCUGUGGUGUGGCACAAGACGGUAAGAGGGAGACCCAAAUUGUCACGGAAAUGGUACAGGAUCCUAAAGCAGGAACAUCCUGACUUGGCAGCCUUGGCUGAUUCAGUUGACCUGCAGGAAUCUACCGGUAUUGCUUCCGACAGUUCUAGCGAUUCUUCCAGUUCCUCGAGCUCCAGCUCCUCAGACUCUGAUUCAGAGUGUGACUCUGGCUCUGAGACAGAGGGGAUGAUGCACCGGAGGAAAAAGAGGAGAAUGUGCAGCAUGAUGGGUAAUGGUGAUACAACUUCCCAGGACGACUGCGUGAGCAAAGAGCGCAGCUCCUCCAGGAUUAGGGAGUCUUGUGGAGGCCGCAGCUACCCUUGAGUGAUAACAACACCUGCCUAGAGGCAGCUGCCGAUCGAAGCUCCGUUAGCAGCCAGCCAGCUCUGUUCUACCCCCUCCUGCUUCUAUUUCUCACAGUCCUUAAGUUUUUUUACUCUUCCUCAACCCAGACAUCCAUCUUCAUUAUGUGCUGUCGAAGGUUGGCUCCUUUCUAACGUCCAGGGGAAUGCCCUGACCCUCCAUUUUUGUGCAAUGCUUUGUCCCCUCUGUGCCCCAAGUGAGUGCACUAAUAACCCAACUUUGGGUACGGACAUGCCAAGUAUUUAAUGGGUCCCGUAACUGGCAAGGAAGACGAUGGUCAGUUUUUAAAGAACUUUUUUUAAAACCAGCAGGUAAACCUAUGAACCUGCCUUGCUUUGACACUGUCAUAUGUUUACAUGUUGUCCUGUACACUUGAGGAAAGGAGCACCAGCCCUUUUGGCCUAUCGGAACAUCCGACGCGUCUCGCAUCAGAAUUUCAGGAAGGAACAGUGGUGUGAAUGCUCCACUGUUGCUGAAGCAACUUCAGAGGAGGUGACCACCAACCUUGAAGCAUCUUUCAUUGUCUUAAUCUACACGCACCUUGCCAUAGGAAGCUCGAUGGAGCAGAGGAAUCCUGGCGUUUCUUGCACAGUGAAAACCAUGGGGAAAAAGCCAGCCCUUGCUAGUAAUCACAAUCCUUUAGGUGGAGGCGUGAUGUGUAGCACUAGGCAACAACUGACAAACUGACUCUGUAUAACAAUUGCUGGGCUUUAAAUGCCAGGCAGUUACAGGGCCAUGAGCUCGGUAGUCCAGUGCAGUUUACAUACCUAAAUGGUAUUUCUUGGAGUUUAUUGUUCAGUUGUUUCUAGAACUUGCGGUACCAGUUUUAAAGGGCCGGGAGGGGGACAUCUUGUUGUUUAAGCUUCUUAAAAAUGCAACGUGUUGCUUAGGUCUGUGUAGAUUUGUUUGUGUUGUGCUCGGUAAAGCACUCAUCCCCAAGGAAGCUGUUGGAGCCACUGUAUUUUUUUUAGCAGGGGCUCGUGCUGGUAGUGUCAGCAAAGAGGUCUGCGUGCUGCAAGGAAACGGUCCUUCUCUGUGCGAGCAGCACUGCCAGAAGCUGGCUGGGUUGGGGUGGUUUCUUGGGUGCUUUCCUGAGACCUUGGAGGUAGGUAUUGGAUCUCAUUUCAGCUGUUCUUUGGGAGAGGAAACUUGAAAGUGGAAGUGUGCCUGCAGUGACCACGCAGUGAUGCCUAGGCACUGGGAGUGGAGUUGAAAAGUGGAUUGGUCACCUUAACUGUGACUUUCUUGUACGUGUUGCGUUUGAUGGAACCCAGAAGGUUGCUUGUCUGGGCUUUUUUUAUCUUUUGGUGUUUAGCCUUGUCUCUUCCUAUUUAAACACUUUCUCCCUUCUUGGAGACAGGGCCAUAUCCUGUUGUACAAGGAAAUCCUAAAUAUGUUUGUCAGGAUCUCUGUUUCUGAGCCUCCUUUGUGCAGGAGCAGCAUGAUGGUAGGAAAAUGGAGAGGACAGGUUUCCUGAUAAGCUCUUUAGCUGUCCAGAGUCUGAAUUCACUGUGAUGACGAGGCACAUGUGAGCAUGCUGGCUCUGCAGGCUGCUGUGGAUUCUUCCACAAGAUUACUUAAUUUAAAAAGUAAAAAAAAGUUUCUCGAGCUCCUGGCGUUUCUGGCAAAGUUUGCCUUUUUUUCCUGCCUGAUUGAACAGCCUGGGAGCCCACACAAUCUGUACAUCUUCUCAGAGAGGGUGUGCUACAGCUGCUGCCUUUUGGAAGAACGUGGGGGCCUGGAGAGGCAAAGGCUCAGCUCCGUCACAGUGCGGGGAGCCCCUGGGGAACUGGCUGCCUUCUUCAGUGGCUGGACAGCAAGUACAUCAGGCAGAUGGCGUUGCUUGCAAUUGUGUUUGGCACGCAUGGUUCAGUUUUGCAGUCUGGAGUUCUUACAUGUUCAUGGAAGCCUGAUGGCUGUGCUGGGAACACUGCACCUCCACCACCAGAAGCACAGUGAGAAGAUCCAGAGUACAAACUAUUCUUCUGUGUCAGUGAACUUUCCCAUAGUGUGAAAUAAAACAGUUGAAGAUUGAAGCCUGUGUUCGUUGGACAUCCCUUGCAGAGAAGCUGUGUGUUCAAAAUGGACAGCAAGCAUUGUGAUACCAGCAAUGCUGCACUUGCUUCUCCACAAGGCACUUUAUGGAAUGAAGCAAAGGUGUGUCUGUUUUGGCUACCUGGGAAUCUGGACUCCUGGGAUCUCUCGUUCUUCCGCUUACAGGCCCUUGCCUCAGCUGAAUUGGUGAGCUUCUGUCUUUGAGGAAAAUACCUACCUCACAGGUGUGUUGUGAGGCUGAAACAUAAUCACUGUGUACGAUGCUUUGAAGUUGUCCUCCCAUAAAAGUGUUCCAGACAUCCUAAGCAACCUGAGACUUCCUAACCUAGUGUUAGCAUUUUGUAACAGAAAACAUUGGGGAUGUUGUUCAGCACUCCUGACCACGUGGUGUUCUGAAGACGGCCUUCCAGAAUUGCUGUGUGGUACGGUAAUUGUAGCAGCACAAGGCUUUUUGUUUUCACCAGAGUUUAACUGUUGGCAUUUCGUGGCGCGCCCUGAACAGGAGGUCCUGCUAGAUCGGGAUUUUUUUAAAAUAGGAAUAGAUUCAAUUAUCUCUCAUCACGGAAUCAGCUUCACUGGCCUUACAGGAAGGAAGCGAGCUGGUGCUUCUCAGGCCCUCGUUCCAGGCUGGGUGAAUGAGGAAUGAAGUUCGAAACUGCUCCUCUUGUGCCUAGCUCCACGCUUGUGGGAGGCUGACUGGGGAGAGGGAUUUUGUGCUCUCACUUCUCUAAGCUUGUGCUUCUUGGGGCGUCCAUGUCUCUUGUUCCAACCCCUCUGCUUUUGUGUACUGUAGAGCCUCUGGGCGUAGCAGGCUGCUGUGGGCCAGCGCCUGGACCCAGUGGGCCUCUCAUUGCCUGGAGCCCCAGAGCAGCAGUGCUGCCUUGGCCCCCAGCAGCGCUUGGUCAGCCUGAUGGUGCCAAGGGGUCUGCCCUGUUCCCUUGGCAUGGCCUUAGAGUGCCACAUGCUGCGUUUGGACGGCGGGCUUCCCAGUUGUACUGGGCGUGUCUGUCAUUGUCCUGCCCGCCUGCUGUGGUGAAAGGAAAAGGAAUUUGUGAGCUCUGGCUGUGUUUUUGAGUGUGGUAACCAAUACAGGCUUGUCUGCUGUGAGAGUUUAGGAAUAAAGGAAUAAAUACCCAUCAGAUUUGUGGGUGUGAACAGCAGGCGCACUGAUCUCUGCACCUGUUCCCUGCACAAGUGCUGUGGGAGCAGGUGGUGCCGAGAUAGCACUGGCAAACCUUCCUCCCCUUCCCAGCCUGGCUACGCUGGCUCCAGUUUGUCUUCUCAGUUACAUUAAGCUCCAAAUGCUUAGAAGAAAGACAGCGACCUCAUUUAUAAUUAACCUACCCCCUUUUCCUCCCUGCCAUUGUGGGGCAGGAAGCGAGACUGUUGACUGAAUCAACUGUGAAAUGCCUGUGUGGGCUGAUCGCCAUGGGAGGUUUUUGGCAUUCCCCUUGCGAAGAGGGGGAAGGAAAGAGCGUACUGAUCCGUUUGACAGUCACACUGUCAGCUCCAAGCCCUACCGCUGCCGUUAGCUGCUUUUAUCACCCUGUCCAGCAGAGCUGGGUUAUUCUUAAUUGUCUUGUUUGGAUGAUUGUGUUUUUGCUUU